AGCUGUUGUCUUUUGUUUUGUCCAGCUUGCUCUUUUCUAUCUAUCACCAGCUGAAGAGUGAACGUGGUUUUCUUCUAACUACCACUAGCGAAGCGCUGGUUUUACUCUUCUCUGCCGGGCACACUGCGUGUAUAUGGAUAUUAUUAGAUUAUCUGGAUAUAACUACGUAUAUCAAUGCCGAUAGAAAAAAAAAGUUCCACUAAAAGCAACGCAACCAGCUGCAGGAUGAAGAUGAAAAAGAACCUGAGCAUCCGCUGGGAGAGCUUGAAAAGGGCUGCUGUGGUCCCAAUCGAUGAAAACGCCCACUACGAGAACGGCACCUGGUGCAACCGCGAUCUCAUCCCGAUUCCGCCGGAGAGGCGGACGUGGGGGGUUUGGGGGUAUUUUGGUAUGGCCCCUGAGUGUUGCGUUAGAAGGAGAAGAUGAAGAUGAAGAUGAGAAGGAGAAUUCAAUAAUUGGGCACUACAUUCAUACCUACAUGCUACGCCAUGCUGUGCUGUGACAAAAUAAAUAGAAAAUGUCCUGCUGAUUCUCAAUGUGGAAAUCACGGCUACGUUAUAUAUCAGGAUACUGGACGGUAUCAGGCUCCUGCAUCUUUGCAUGGACUAUUGGAAGUACACUGCUUGCCUUUGGGCUUAGUCCACAGCAGGCUAUUGCGUGUGUGGUCGUUGGCGGGAUACUUACGGGAUUGCUCGCGGUGGCAUGUGGCUGGAUGGGGGAACGGCAGCAGAUCGGAUUCACGGUUGCGUCGCGGUUUUCAUGGGGGAUGAGGGGAUCGUACUUCCCCGUCCUGCUUCGUGCCUUUGUAGGAUCGAUGUGGUUUGGAAUGCAGUCAUUUUGGGGAGGCCAAGCAACUCGAGUCCUUAUCGGGGCCAUCAUCCCAGGGUUCGCACAUAUGAAGAACUACUUCGCGGAAAGUUCCCAUCUUACAACAAAUGACUUCAUCGGCGUGGUAAUUUGGUACGCCGCUUUCAUCCCCCUCUGUCUCAUCCCGCCCGAGCGCCUACAAAAGCCAUUUGCCAUUUCAUUCGUCCUCUUCGCGUCGUCCUGUAUUGGAAUGUUAAUAUGGGGCGUCGAAAAUGCACAUGGACCAGGAUCCAUGUUCCAUAAACCCGCAAGCACACCCUCUGUCACCUGGGGUAUGCUCUAUGGCAUCAGCGCUAUACUGGGAGCCUGGGGCGCCGGCACCCUGGCCCAAUCUGACUGGACGCGAUAUGCCAACCGGCCCCUGGCGCCCACCCUUUCGCAGCUCGUAGCUGCGCCAGUUACCAUUGCUGUCACUGCGAUAGUUGGUAUCAUUGUGACGAGUGCUGCAAAUGAUUUGCUCGGCGAGAUUAUGUGGAAUCCCAUAUAUUUGAUUGCGGCGAUACAGGAGGAGUAUGAGUCGAGUGCGCGGGCGAGGGUGGGUGUGUUUUUUGCGUCGGUGGGAAUGGUUGCGACACAGCUUGCGAUAUCCGUUGUUUUGAAUUCUAUUUCGACGGGCAUGGAUAUGGCUGGGCUGUGCCCAAAGUAUAUCAACAUCGUCCGCGGAAGCUACAUCAUGGCUUUUAUCGGGUUUUGCUCGCAACCGUGGCAACUUCUCGCAACUGCCACCAAAUUCCUCUCCGUAGUAUCGGGGUUCGGGAUCUUCAUGGCCUCCCUGACUGGCAUUAUGCUGGCUGAUUACCAUGUCAUCCGCCGACACAAACUUAAAAUAGACGACCUCUACACGGGUGAUCCGGGGAGCAUAUACUGGUAUUGGCACGGGUUCAACUGGCGCGCUGUCGUUGCGUUUGUAUCUGGCGUGUGGCCGUUGUUUCCCGGCCUCAUCGCCUCCAUAAACAACAUCACCCACCCGGGCCUAGCGAACUGGAUCAAACUGUUCAAUCUGACCUUCUUUGUUGGCCUCGCUGUCAGCUUUGCUUCCAUGGCUACUGUGUGCUAUAUAUGGCCUCCUCGGGGGUUAGGGGAGGAGGCGCCGUUUAUAUCACAUAUGCAACGGGCGGACGGGGUGGAUUCUGUCUUGGUUGGUAGAGAGGACAUUGCAGCGGGGCAGGGGAGAUCGGGAUUGGAUGGGGUGGUCAGGGUAGAUUUGAAGGAUGAUGGGGCGCUGCGGGGGGUGGAGAGGGUGGUGUAAAAGGGGGAGGGAAGAGGGGUGGUUUUUUUUUUCUUUUUUCUUUUCAUUUUUUCAUUU